GAAUUUGCACAACUAGCAUGCAAACUUAAGGUGCACAAUUUUAUACAGGUUAUAGCUGCUCACUAGCAAGCUAGCAGUGUUCAGUGUUCAUUUGCUGGAAAUAGAGGGGGCAAACAAACCGAAACACGGAUUUCGAAGAAGGCUCUGUUGUGAGACUACAUAUUUAUAACUACCACAGGAUGUAUAUAUAUAUCUACUUUUGACAUUUUCACCUCUUUCUCAACCACAACCUCUAGUCUGUUUUCAUUUGCCCUACCAAGUGUGUGACUAGUUUUAUACUGCGGGGUAUCGCGCGUGAGGGAAUGCCGCGCUGCCAUUGGUCAGCUGGAUCACCUCAUCACACUGCAGGGCGGGAAUCUCCGUGGCUUUUUAAACCUCGCGCAUGCACGAGCGCGUGUUGUAAUUUGCAUCUGGGGGGGCUGAUAUGACAGCUCUGUCGUUUAAAAAAGUUUCACUUAUCGACUGUUUUAAACACUAGGGUUAGGGUCGAAGAGUUUGUGGUUAAAAUAAAUAAAUAAUAAUAAAUAAAUAAUCAUGUCUGGCGAGUGGAAUUGAAGAGGUGGGAGUUACGCGCGGAGGAAUUUGCAUGCUGGAAUCUGAUUGGCUGGCGUCGCUGGCUCAUUUGCAUUAGACGUCAGGGCUCUGGGAGCUGCUGGACACUGUGUUGAGUGGAAAUACCCAUAACUCCAUUCACAACACACCGGAGCUCUGAAUCACACCAAAACAAACAGGAUUUAUUUUAUUAAAGCUCAAGGUUUUAUUAUUAUUUUAUUUCUUACAAGUAGCCUCACUAUGUGUCCGGUGUGGACGAAGCGAGUGAAGGAUAACUGAUUCUGCUGUGCUGUCAGGACGCUUUAGACGUUUAAAGAGAUAGAAACAGUCCAGUAUUACGGAGUCUCUUUUACUCAAGCAGGACAUUUUGGACGUAGAAGAGGUCAGACGUCUGGACAGCUAGUCAGACCAUGAACUACGUGGGGCAGUUGGCAGGGCAGGUGUUCGUGCAGGUGAAGGAGCUGUACCGCGGCCUGAACCCGGCGACGCUCUCCGGCUGCAUCGAUGUCAUCGUGGUGCGUCGUCCCGACGGCUCGCUGCACUGCUCGCCCUUCCACGUCCGCUUCGGCAAGAUGGGAGUGCUGCGCUCACGCGAGAAAGUGGUGGACAUCGAGGUGAACGGAGAACCUGUGAGUCUUCAAAUGAAGCUGGGAGACAACGGAGAGGCUUUCUUCGUCACGGAAGCCGAGAACGAUCGGGAAGUGGUGCCCUCGUACCUGGCCACGUCCCCCAUCCCGUCCUCGUCCCCCGUUCAGACCCUGGGUGCAGAGUGCGGAGCGACGAAGCGCAGGAGGAAGAGGAGGAGGAAGUCCAAAGUGGACAGCUUGAAGAGAGAGACGAGCGGGGAGUACUCGGAGGGCGAGACCGUCUUCGCCAUCGACCUGAGCUCGCACGAGGGAGAUGAUGAGCACAACAGGAUUUCUUCACAGGAACCAGUAAAUUGUUACACACCAAACGCUGUGUAUCCCCGCUCUGAUGGUGACUGGUCACCUAUACAGAGCCCCAAUGUCUCUCGCCCCUGCUCACCGAAGAGCGACUCUGAGCUCGUUACUAAAGCUGGUGAGGAGAAGCAGCAAGACCUGGCCAUGCUCUGGGCCUGGGGAAAGUUACCUCAGCCAUCCUUCCUGUCCUCUAAAUCCGAGCCUCCCACUACAUAUCCUGUCUCCAUUCCUGUUUCGGACAACACACACUUCAGAGUCAUCUCCGACGCGCCGGCUGCUGAUGACCUUUGCCAUGGCGAUGGUGAUACACCCCUACCCCAGUUCCUUCACACAGCCAAGGACCGCAGGACAGAGAGGACAGAGACGGGCGACGCAGGAGCGCUGAGUGGCAGCAUCGCGGCAGGAGACGAGCCAAUGACAACGCUGAACAGCCUUAAAGAAGGAGAUCCAGAGACGACGAGACCGGAAGCAGAGACAGUGGCCAUGUUUGCAGCGUGUCAGGUGUCAGAUGUCGAGGAAAGCGGCGUGGCCAGCUUAGGACCCCGCCUACAGGGCAAAACUGAUUCACCUUCCAAGAGAAAAGAUAAGAGAAGCCGCCAUCUUGGCUCUGACGGUGUGUAUCUUGAUGACAUCACAGAGCUGGGGCCGGAAGUGGCGGCACUUUACUUUCCGAAAAGUGAGAACAGCGGCGCUGGACACAUGUGUUGUGAGGGCAUGUUACGCAGCAUGAGCACGUCUCCUCCGUCCAUAGGAAGCUCAGGAGCGGACAGCGGAGUGGACAGUUACUCAGAUCAGCCCACUGACUUCCCCUCUAUCGCCCUGUCCCUGUGCGGUGGACUGACCGACAGCCGAGAGAUCAGUAAAGAGCACUUUCAGGAGAAGGCCCUUUCCUACCAGCAGUUUGCGGAGAACCCCACCCUCAUAGACGACCCCAACCUGGUGGUCAAAAUCGGCUCCAAAUAUUACAAUUGGAGCACCGCUGCACCGAUCCUGCUGGCUAUGCAAGUCUUUCAGAAACCACUGCCUAAGGCCACUGUGGAGAGGAUCGUGAAGGAGAAGAUGCCGAAGAAGGGAGGACGGUGGUGGUUCUCGUGGCGUGGGAGAGGCAGCAGCUCUAAAACGGAUUCUACAACCGUAAUCGGACCCACAGGAGGAGCAGAGCAUGCUGGGAAAAUGGCUUCCAUUAACAGGAGGAACGAUGAAUCCUCCUCCAGCGACGAAGAGCACCAAUCACCCAUACAGACAGCCAGCUCCAGCCAAUCGGACACCUCACUCAGCCAAGGGGGCGUGUCUUACAGGAAGACGCUCCGCCUCACAUCCGAACAGCUGGCUAGCCUACAAUUAAAAGAUGGCCCCAAUGACGUGGUCUUCAGCGUCACCACUCAGUACCAGGGCACGUGCCGCUGCGAGGGAACCAUCUACCUGUGGAACUGGGACGACAAGAUCAUCAUCUCCGACAUCGAUGGCACCAUCACCAGAUCGGACACUCUUGGACACAUCCUGCCCACUCUGGGGAAAGACUGGACACACCAAGGCAUCGCCCGCCUCUUCCACAAAGUCAGCCAGAACGGCUAUAAGUUCAUGUACUGCUCGGCGAGGGCGAUCGGGAUGGCGAACAUGACCAGAGGAUACUUACACUGGGUGAACGAGAGCGGCACCAUGCUGCCUCAGGGCCCCGUACUGCUCAGUCCCAGCAGCCUGUUCUCAGCACUGCACCGGGAGGUGAUUGAGAAGAAGCCGGAGAAGUUUAAGGUGGAAUGUCUGAUUGACAUUAAGAACCUGUUCCAUCCAAACACACAACCUUUCUAUGCUGCCUUCGGAAACAGAGCCACGGACGUAUAUUCGUAUAAGGAAGUGGGAGUUCCCUUAAACAGGAUCUUUACCGUCAAUCCGAAAGGAGAACUGGUGCAGGAGCACGCCAAGACCAACGUGUCCUCGUACGUGCGUCUGGGCGAGGUGGUGGAUCACGUCUUCCCCUUACUGAAGAGAACGAGCUCGUCGGAUUUCCCCUGCAGCGACACCUUCAGCCACUUCACCUACUGGAGAGAGCCGCUCCCCCUGGUGGAUGGACAGGAGUAUGCAAGCACAGCCGAGAGCUGAAACACACACACACACACACAGAGUGCUGCAUAUCAUCACACAAUUAAUAAAAAACAACAUUUGCACAUUUUUAUAACGCGCUAGAUAUCGAACAUUUGUGUGUGUGUGGGGGGGGGCAAUUCUGGACUCGGAUUGGCCAGAAUGAAAGGUUGUUGAUUACUUUUCUGUAACCGCAGCUCAGACAGCGGCGCAGUCGCAGUUCACGGGUUUAUACUGACGCACUUUUUCUGACGUGAUAAAGGUGUUCUCUAAAGGACACGUCGCGUAACAUUUACGUAUUGGAAGGAGUCUCCAGUGUCAGCGCAACAAGCUUUCACAUUCCGCUAUACCGAGUCUCAGUCACAUGACAAGCUACUUCUGUUCUGUGUGUUUAUGCUUUUUUUACGUCUUAACUUCAUUAGAAAGGAAAAAGACGAGGGAAAGAAGCAGCUAGAAUGUAACUAAGAGCUUAAACGUGAUUAUAAAUGAAGAAAUGAUCAGUUCGCUGUGGUUAGAAGAGGAAAUAAAAACACUGCGCGGUUACAGGAAAAUUCCUUACUGGGAAUUCUGGUCAACAGGAUUAUGGGAUAGCAUUUUUUUUUCCCGUGAGAUCCUGCUGUAAAAUCUGUCCAUCACACGCUUUUAGAGCUAAACACAAACAUCUGUCCUGAUGUGUAACAUUAUUAUUAUUUUUUAUAUUUAUUUAUUCAUAACUCGCUGCUUGAGAGAGCUUUUUCUUCCCGAAGGUGACAAUUCCAAACGAAAAGCUCAGAGAUUGCGCCCGAGUAUUUCUUACUGAAAUGGGGGGGCUCUGGUGGCUCAGUGGUUUCCGGGAAGGCCAGGGUUCGAAUCCCAGCCAGCGCCCAAACCCCAGUCACUGGAUGCAGUGCCGGUCCCAAGCCCGGAUAAAAUGGGAGGGUUGUGUCAGGAAGGGCAAACCCGAAAGGUCAACAACAUUUCUUACUGAAAUGGCAAUCAUAUGUACGGUAGCAGAUACACAAACUGGCACUUUAGAAAUCUGCAAAAAAAGCAAAUCACACACACACACACUGCACUUGGUUCAGUAAGCUGCUGUAGAAAUGAUGCGCAGCUUCACAUUAAGCUCCGAAUAGAAUCUAUUUUAGAAUUGUUUCUCUGUUCUACGAUGAUGAAGCGACGUCCCGGACAUGUAGCCUUCGAACAAAACAAGUGUCGUUUUCCAUUUCCGUUCAUUUAUUCGUCUUCAGAAAGAGAGAGAGAGAGUCGACCUGCUGAGGGUCUACUCCAGGGUUCCUCAAAUCUUUCCCUGGAUCCACUGCAGAUUUUAGCUCCAACCCUGAUCAAACUCCUCCACCUGAUUAGACAUUGAUUAGCAUGCUCAAGUGUGUUUAUUAAGGUUGGAGUUAAACUCUGCAGGAAAGUGGGCCAGAUUUGAGGAUCUAGUCGGAGGUGAGAAGACACUCUGGAUGUCCACACACACACACUUUCAUGUCCAAGCUGCUGCCCUGUUGUUUGGAGGUGGGGAGAAACCGGAGAACAAGAGAAGACAGUAACCCGAGCUGAGGGUGGAACUCUGGGACUCUCUGGAAUAAAGCUGUUACAUAAGAAAUCCUUCAACUGUUUAAUGUUUAAUGAUAUAAAAACAUCUGCUGUUGACAUUUCAGUCUGUACGUGACGACGAUUGUAUUAUUUAAUCGUGUUUAUCGACUCCGCCUCACGGUGCUCUGUGAAGCAUCGCUUUAUUUUUCCUCAUCGUAUAUUUUUAUUUUUCACAAUCAAUCUUUAAAGACAGAGUGGAGGAUCCGUAUGAUGUCUGUUACAGUUAUUCUUUCUGUGAAAGAUCAGGCUUUCAGUGGCUUGUUGUCUUCUUCGGUCCAGCCUCUGAUCAACUCGACUUACUGUUUCUGACUUCUCUCAGUACAAUAAACUGAUUUGAAUCUGAAUUA